GUUGCGUUCUAUGGACUCCUCGGACGUUCAGUUGGGUGUUAACUUGAGCCGCUGCAAGUACCCAAUCGGUUUGGUAUGAAGCUAUCUGAAAAGGGCUGGGGGCCAAAUACUAUUGUGUACUUACUGAAGCUCCACGGCUAUAUCCCAGACGCGCGCAACCUUCCUCCAACCCAAUAACCACAACUCGCUACAUUUGUUUUUCUAAAACUGCACGUGUGCAAGGGGUGAAAGGCGAUCUAUUCGUCUAACAGAACCGCCUGCAAAUAUGUUGUCCGCCACCCGGAGAUGGUUCCAGCGCAAUCGGAUCCCCAUCGCCAUAGGAGUCGGCGUCAUAGGCGCCGGCUAUAUGGCGACGCAGUAUGUCUUGGCCAAGAUCAACGAUGCGCGCGAGCGCAUGAGUAGCGAUCGAAUCGCAAAGGAGAAUCUCCGCCGCCGCUUCGAACAGAACCAAGAGGACUGCACCUUUACCGUGCUGGCAUUGUUACCAACAGCCACCACGAACCUGCUCGAGACCAUGAACACGGAAAAGAUCACCUUGGAGAUACAACAAAUGAAGGGCGUGAAGAACGCAAGGAGUGUAGACUCUUCGGCGACGCCGCCGAGUAUUGCAGACACCACGUUGACCGAAGAGGAGGGCAGGAGUACGGUGAGCCUCCAGAGCGAGAGCGGUGUCCAUGCGAGCCAGGCCGCACUGCCAUCACCGUCCGCCGUAGGCGAUGGCCCACAAGAUGGCGGACAACCCACACCCAGUGCGCAGAGGUCCAGAAGAACUAAGAGGCAGCUGUGGGACGACCUGACUAUUAGCUCAAUAACGCGCGCCUUUACUCUUAUAUACACGCUUGCUCUUCUCACGCUGCUCACGCGAAUCCAACUCAACCUCCUCGGUCGUCGUAGCUACCUCUCCAGCGUCAUCUCGCUCGCGACUGGGACAGGACAGUCGACAAUCAGCCUGGAGAACAACGAUGACGACAACGCAGAGCAAUCGUACGGAAACGAUUUUGACACCAACAGGAAAUACCUGACCUUCAGCUGGUGGUUACUAAACAGGGGCUGGGUCGAUAUCAUGAACCGGGUAGAGGAGGCACUGUCUCUUGAGGUGCGCAGGAAGGUCGAGGGCCCGACUGAGGGCUCAAAGUGGCUUUCCUUGUUACUUCCGCCGCAUGACCAAGAAACCUUUGUUUUGAGAGAGUCUGGAGUGCUGGGCGACAGUGCUGCCGCAGAGACGGCAACGGGGGCGUCAACAACGCCUGCGCCCACCCCGAACCCCUUGCGUCGCAUGCUCGACGAGACUUCCGACCUGAUCGAGUCACCCGCCUUCAGCCAUGUGUUGACACGGCUUCUCGAUGCUGGCUUCUCCGUCUUGCUGAACGGAAAGCUUCUGCAGGGUGCGUUCGAACAACAGCCGACUAGCGCCAGCAUCCCGGAGCUGGAGGAGGAGCAAAUGUCCAAGGUCGUCCUGCUACCGAAGAUCUUGUCCGUACUCACCAGGCAGGCGCACGUGAUUGGCAAUGGGAUGCCCAACGAAUACCUGCAGGAGAUGGAGGGCGUGAGAGAUCUGGAGGCUUUUGCCGCCGUGGUGUACUCGAGUAACUGGGAGAACGAAAUUCACCCUGACGAGGGCUUUGCAAACCUUGUCAAGCCAGAAUCCAACGUCCCGGUUGGAAGUAUCCCCCUGACCCAGGUUUCCGAGAGCGUGGUAAUGGUUGACCGCGACGUGCCAACGCAGUCCACCUUCGAGAGUGUUUGGGACAAGGCGUCUCAACAAUCAUAA